GUGUGUUUGGAGGGGUGUGCCUGGUUUUAGGGUCCCCAGCGCGAGGAAGGCGUCGCUGGAGGUCGCAAGGCGGUACAGAGAAGUCUUCGCUGGGAUGAAGGGUGAGGUCCUGAGCAAGCCAGCCCAAAAGGGACCUGACUGGGGUGGGAGGCUGGAGCAGGUGGUACGUGGAGGUCGCUUUCAGCCGGUGUCACCUUCUGAUUUUGCGGAGAAGAUGAGCACGAGGAGAGCCAGGGCCUCCUGAGAGAAAGUCCAUCCGUCUCUUGCAGAUACCAUUUUUCACCCAUGGAGCAUCCGUGGAACAGAGAUGAGACUGAGUCCUGCUUCCCUGAAUGGUCCACAGGAUAUGCCUGCUGGUGAUGUGCAGCACAGCUUGUGGUUCCCAGCUAACACCAAGCCAACCCCAAAUGACAAAAAAACCCCUGAAGACCACCAGCUGGGCAGUGGAGCUCGAAGUAACGUGGUUGGGCUGCUCUCUGCCAUGGGAUGGAUGGCGAGUGUGUGGUGCCUCAAGUACAGCUCUGCACUCCUGGGAGGUUGGGGUGUCCCCUGUGUCCAUGUCUUGCUCUGGAGCCUGGAGAACAGCUGAGCUUCAGAGGAGCCAGAUAUUCACACCAGUAAAUAGCAUUUACAUCUGCUUUGGGCACUAGCAGCAUCAUGCAGAAGCUGAAGAAUACUACUGCAAUAAUUGGAUAUAACUGAUGCUCUUUCUGAGCUUUAAAUGAAAUGUUUUAGGUGCAGCCAACCUCCUAGGGGGAAAAUUUUAUGUUCAUAGACACAUUGUCUAUCGAGGUCUUGAAGCACCUGCAUGUUGGAAACCUGCCUGUGUGCGAACAGGAAACAGGAGGAGACGUAUUUUGUUUUUAGCACCAGAUCUUAUUUUACUGUCUGUGCUUCUGGCAAGUCUCGGCUCAACCCCAUUUUCCUUUUCUUUGUUAGCAUUACUUUGUCCAUCUUCCACCAAGAUGUGUCCGGUGUGGUUUGCAGCUCAGCAAUGCUUUUGCAGUGUCCUGCAGCCAUCUUCCCUGCAAACCGCUAAUGCCCUGAUGGCUUGGGGUCACAGGUCUAGUCUGUAGGGAUUUAUUCCUGAAGUAUUGUAAUAAUUAAUGCAUUAGCUCCUCUGGCUCCUUUUCUCCUGGGCAGUCCAGAUCUGUCACCAGUGCUGGUAUUUGUACACCCAGGCUGGGGACAGCACAGCUGGGGGGUGGUGCGGGGGACAGUGCUCAGGACUGUCACAUCAGCCUUUCCCUGUGGUGACUGAGCAAACUGGUGCUCAAAAUCCCAUCUGCCUCCCUGCCUUCGGGGAGAAAAAGGAGCAGCUUUGGGCUGCAGCAGCCUAAAGGGGCAUCCUCCCUCUGGCUGGUGGGCAGGGGCCGCACGAAGCGGGGUCCAGCACAGGUGGGUGCUGGUGUCGGGGGGAAUAAACCUCCUGUUGCAUCAGUGGUGGGUUAAACGUGGGGAACUUGGUGAGGCUGGCUUGUUCUGCAGACGGCUUGGGAGACAGUAGGGAGAAGGAUAUGUCUUUCAGGGCUCUUUGGGGAACUUCCACAGUUCUCAGGCAUAUUUAUUUCCUUUCCUUGGUGAUAUUUCAGUGUGGUUCUUCUGUUCCUCUCCAUCCCUGAAAAGGAAAGGCAUUAAAAAAGUGAGAUGGAAGGAUGAGACUUCCCCCCAGAAGGAAGUAGCCUUCCAAUCCCCUCACCCAAAAGCGGAGCACGGGCUGGGAGACAUCCGCUUCUCCAUCCGCAGCUCUGUGGGCAGCCGCCGAGUGGGAGAGCAUCCCUCCUGGGGAGCCCACGGGCUGGCUUUGCUCAGCUGAGGAGGAAGCGAGAGCACAAAGCAGGGAAAUGACUUGGCAAAGGUCACUUGGAGCUGGGGCCAAGCCCAGGAAUAGCACCGGGUCUUCUGCCACCCCCUGCCAUGGCCAAGCGGCACCGGCCCUUCCUCCUGGUGUGCUGAGUGGUGGCACUAACCUCCCCGGCGCGAAACGGCUGGUCGGCACUGGUGGUGUUUUGCUUUUGCUGUUCAUUGUGGCAUUAAAAUUUACCAUAAUGGAAGACAAGCAAUGAGAGCCAGGAACUGGGAGGGCAGGCAGGCCAUGGGGAGCCUCAACUAGGAAAAUCAGAGCUGUAAGGGGAGCAGGGAGGGAUGGGAAUAGGAUGGAGUAUGGGGCUGGAAAGGCAGGAGGAGAGAGGCAAUGCAGGCGUGGGACACCAAUGGCAGCUGCUGGAGGCUGCCUUAUAGACGUGAGGGCCAAGAUGAAGAUGAUGUGGCUGGUGGGACUCAAAUCACACCAGAAGGAUGCUCUGCUCUCUGUAAUGGCCAAGGAAAUGUCUUCCCUGUCCUGCUCCCCUGACCUUGAGACCCAAAGUACAGCCCAGCUUGGGGUAACUGGGCUCUGCAGGCAGCCAGCUGCCUGCUCCCCUGCCUGCUUAGGAGGAGCAUAGGAAACAACUUCAGGCUGUGCUACCUCUGCGUGCACACGCGUGUGCACAGCUGGCCAGUGAGCGGUGGGACGGGUGUGCAGCAUCGCCGGGGCUGCUCGAGGGUGGGCGCUCUGGGUAAGAUGCUGAAAUAAGGCAAAAAGGGGUGUGGUGGUGCAAAGUCAGCGCUGGGUGAGGAGUGACGCGGGGGAGAUCAAAGCAGAGCCAGCUGGGGAUAGAGCAUAUGCCAAGAUGGGGGGAGCUGGCCAGGACAGACGGACGUAGGGUAUGGGGAGAGGCCUGACAGGACACAGGUUGCAUCUGCCAGAGCCUCCUUUCUUCCCUUGUGCCCACCUGCCUGUGUUUGACAUGGCAACUCUCCCAGUGAUUCAUUAGCUCAUUUUGGUGUGUCCAGAUGAAAACGAAGCAGUGACAUAAUCAAAAGCUGUAUGUUGGAAAAGGUGAUGUGGGCACAUUGCCCUCAAAAUCAACAGCAAAAGGCAGAGCAAGGAGCAGGGAUUACGUGCUGGAUUUAGACAAAAUGAAAAUAAAUCAAAGUCAGAAAUCUAGCGGCACAGGGAACAAGUCUGCUCUUGCAUUGACCCAAAGGAGUCCAUCAUCGCUGGUCAUUGCAGACAUCUUCCUGAAGCACGCGUGAGGCUUUGCAGACGGGUUAGGGACUGUCUGCGGGAAUCGUGCCUCCUGUAAAAUGCGUUUUGCAGGUGACAGCAAGCAGGGGUGAUGGUCCCUGCAGGUUGGGAACCGAGGGCGCUUCCACACCCCUCUCCCAGCUGGGAAGCGUGCUGCCCCACGAGCCCCCACCCUGCCCAGGCAUUGUACCAGCCCGGUCCUCCCUUUUCCUGUAGGUGGGGUUUCCAUAGGAAACACGGCUGGUCCACCUCCCGGCCCGGCCGGCCGGACGCUGCUCCCCGGCCGAAGCUGCGGCGGUGGCGGUCGCCUCUGCUCCGGGCUGAGCGUUUCAGCCCGGGGAGCGGCUGGCUCUCCCGGCCGUCCCCUGGCGAUGGCGAGGCGGGGGACAACCGCUGGACUCGCUCGCCGUUUCUCCUCCUCUCCAACUGGUGGCCGGCGCCUAUGGGACUUGGAGAUGGGAGAGGAUGCUGAGGACUUGCGAUCACCGUAAGGACCGUUUGGGUAUGCGGCGGCAGGCGUGCCAGGGCAGCGGGGCGGUGGGCUUUGCCAGCAGCAUGCUGCUGCUGAGCCGUUCCGCUCUCCAUCUCCCAGCCUUGUGGUGGUACCUCUUCCUCUCCACUGAUGCCCAGGAGGUGGCCACGUUCACGGUGCAGUACCAGGUGUUUGAAGAAGUGCCGCUGGGAACAGUGAUAGGGACGCUGGCCGAGCACUUUGAGGGGGGCGAGAGUGGCGAAACAGCAGAUACCUUCCAGCUGAUGGAGACCCCCAGGAGGUUCCUGCUGCACGUGGGGAGCGGGGACGGGGUGCUCAGCACAGCCGGGCGGGUGGACAGGGAGCAGCUGUGCCGGCACAGUGAUCCCUGCUGGGUCUCGUUCGAAGUGCUGGCCGCCCGAAACCUGGCUCUGAUUCACGUGGAGGUUCAAGUGCUGGACGUCAACGACAACGCACCACGGUUCCCCACGCCCGAGCUGGAGCUGGAGAUGUCGGAGAGCGCAUCCCUGCGGACGCGGAUCCCACUGGACCGAGCCCUGGAUGCCGAUGCCGGCCCCAACGCCCACUGCUCCUACACCCUCUCCCCCAGUGAGCACUUUGCUCUGGAGGUCGUCUCUAGCUCUGAUGGGACGAGGCACGCAGAGCUCGUUGUGGUUAAAGAAGUGGACCGGGAGCUGCACUCCUCCUUUGACCUCGUGCUGACAGCCGCUGAUCAUGGGGAGCCCCCCAAAUCAGGUACUGCUUUAAUUAAAGUCAUUGUCCUCGACUCCAAUGAUAACAGCCCCAUCUUUGCAGAGAGCUCUUUGACAGUUGAGGUUCGGGAGGAUGCUCUGCCCGGGACCCUCCUUGUGACGGUCACAGCUACCGACCCCGACCAGGGUCCCAACGGGGAGAUCGAGUACAGCCUGAGCAAGCACGCGUCCCCAGAGGUGCUGAGCGCUUUUGGCAUCGAUGCCCGCACGGGCAGCAUCAUCCUGAAGCACCCGCUGGACUACGAGGAAACCCACGCCUAUGAGCUGGAUGUGCAAGCCCGGGACCUGGGCGCCAACCCCAUCCCAGCACACUGCAAGAUCCUGGUCAAAGUCCUGGAUGUCAACGACAACGCUCCCGACGUCCACGUCACCUGGGCUGCGCGGGCACCCGUGCUCUCUGAAGCCCUCCCCAAAGACAGCUUUGUGGCUCUGGUGACGGCCAGCGACCCCGAUUCGGGAAGCAACGGGCAAGUGCGUUGCUCCCUCACUCAAGGGUACGAGCACUUCAGGCUGAAGAGGACCAACAGCCACAGCUACGUGCUGAUGACCAACGCCACGCUGGACAGGGAGCUGCGUGCCGAGUACAACCUGACGUUGGUGGUGCAGGACCAGGGUGAGCUCUCCUUGGCCGUGCUGAAGCACCUCACUAUCUGCAUCAGCGACGUCAACGACAAUGCCCCCUCCUUCGAGAAGGCCACCUACGAGGUCGCUGUUGCCGAGAACAGCGAAGCACCUGCCUUCUUGCUCGCCGUCCGUGCCACCGACCCCGACCUGGGUUUCAACGGGAAAAUCACCUACAGUAUCCUGGAUUCCUCUGCUUUGGGUCUGGUCUCAGUCGACCCCACCACUGGGGACGUUUUUGCCCUCCAAGCUUUUGAUUAUGAGCAGGUGAGGAGCCUGGAGUUCCUGGUGACCGCGGAGGACGGCGGUCACCCCAAGCUGGCAUCCAACGUUUCCGUCAGGCUGGCUGUGCUCGACCGGAACGACAACGCACCCAUCAUCACCACGCCGGCACUGGUGGGAGGUGCCGCCACGCUCUCUGUCCUGGUCAAUGCGGAGACAGGGUGCUUCUGGGUGGCCCCCGGGAACGGGAGCUCCCAAGGGACUGCAGCAGUGACCAAUGCAACACUUGUGUCAUGUGCCGGCGCUCCCUUCCUCUUCACCAUCGCGGCCAGGGAUGUGGACUCCGGCAUCAACGGGGCUCUCCGGUAUGAUCUGGUGGGUGGGGAUGACGCUGGGCUCUUCAUCCUGGACCCUUUCUUGGGGCAGGUCUUCCUCAACGCCAGCAAUGCCAGCAGCCUCGCGGGCAGCGAGCGGGAGCUGGUGGUCCGGGUGAGCGAUGAGGGGGACAUCCCCCUGCACACCCUGGCCCGGGUCCGCUUAGUUUUCCGGCAUCACGGGGCAUUCUCCAAAAUCUCAGCCCAAGACCCCAGGUGGCUGAGGCCGUCAGUGGUGGUCAUUAUCUGCCUGGCCGCUCUCCUGGGUGGGUGCCUUCUUUUUUUGGCUUUAACCCUGUCUUUGCGUAAGAAGGAGAAGAAGGACAGCAUGGCCUACAACUGCAGGGAGGCAGAGGAUGCCCGCAGGCAGCAGCAGCUCAAGAAGCCGCACAGGCAGAUCCAAAAGACGGACAUCCACCUUGUCCCGCUGCUCCGGGGCCGGCCGCGGGAGGCUGAGGCCCCUCGUCCCUUCCAGGAGGAUCUGCCCGGCACAGCCGCCCCUGUGCUGGGGGGGUCCCCACAGGCUCCCCUCCACCUCACCCCCACUCUCUACAGGACCCUGAGAAAUCAGUCGACCCCAAAAGACUCAGAUGAGCAGCAGGGGACCUUCAACCUGCCCAUCCUGCAGCGCCGGCCCUGCCAGCCCCACAGACCAAAAAAUUCGGCGAAGGAGGCUGCGAGCCCCUCGGACGCACCAUCGCACUGCAAGAGCUUGGUGAAGCCACCGCAGGGGCCUGUGGGAGAGCCCCCGCUGCCACCCAACCAGCCUGUGCUUGCUGGGGGACCUGGGCAGCCCCAGCCCCACCAGCACAUCCUCAGGAGCCUGGUCCGGCUGUCGCUGGUGGCACUGGCGGAGCAGAGCCCCACCGGGGAGUUUGCGAUGGAGUCACCCCCAGUGCAGCAAAUCUCCCAGCUGCUCUCCCUGCUGCACCAGGGCCAGUUCCAGCCCAAAACAAACCACAGGGGAAACAAGUACACGGCCAAGAACGGCAGCAGGGCUGCGGGGCUGGAUGCCGACUGCCUGAGCACGAAGGACAGCGGGCACGGCGAGAGCGAGGCAGAGGACCGUGAUUCGGAGAGCGGGUUUGAGCUCUCCGUGCAGCAGCUGGUGGGAGAGGAGCUGGAGACCCUCCUGGAGCCGCAGGCAGAGCUGGCCCUCAAGAGGCUGACGGCUGCUGACCCAGCGUGGGUGGCUCGGCUCUCCUUGCCGCUCACUAGUAGUUACAAGGACAACGUCUUCUCCCCUGACUCUCCGCAUUCACCUCAGGAUGAGGACGCUGCAAGGCAGGAGCAACCAAGGACCUUUGAGACCUUCGGCAAAGGUGCUGGGGCUGACUCGAAUGCCGCUGGGACAAGACUGGCCAGCACUUUCCUUUCAGAAAUGAGCACCCUCUUUGAAAUGAUUUUGUCCCAGAAAGUCCAAGUCCACAACGAAACAGGCUCAGGGCUUCUGCGGCAGCUGUCGGCACAUGGGAAAAGCCUUGGACUGGAAGACGGUGCUCCUGUUCUGUAGGCAGCUUGGCGGCUGUGAUAAGGAGAUAAGAGUCAGACAGAGCUGCUUUCUGCAUGUGGGGGGCACACGUGUGCUUUAACAGGGUCAUUGUAUCAUCCAUGUCUAGACUGAUCACUACGGGCAUAUUUCUUCCUUUGCCUCACCCCAUCAAAUUUCUCCGUGACUGAUUUCACCUUGUUUAGUUCCCUUCUACCUGCCUGUUCUUGCCUUCCUAGCUUUCCUCCUCUUCCACCCUCAUCUUUCACCUUACCAUCACACUCGAGUCACACAACAGCAGGAGGGCCCCUUCCUCCCAGGGCAGGCCGAUUGAUGGGGUGGGGGUGGUUAGAUUAACCACAAGCACAACACAGUCAGCUACAUCGCUGUGAUCAUAGACUGUGCACCACGGACGACAAAAUACCGCAGUCGUGGACUUUGCAACGUGCUGCAGAGUUGGGCUCCAGGAUCUCGGUUCUUAUUUAAAUAAAAUUGUUUUUUUUCUAACACUA